AUGUUCGACCUCUCAUAUGCUCCCCGGCGAUCCCGUGGCCACAGAUUCCCCACAGCCGACAGUCUCUUACCAUAUGUGUACGGAGACUAUUCUACGGCAUACAAUGGCUUUGGUAACUUCCGCGGCGGAGGUUCCGAUUGGGAUCGUUCAACGUUGUUGGCCUACGAGGGGCCGAACAGUAUUGAGGACGCCACUCGCGCACAUGUUGCUGCCAAGGCCGACUGGGAAAAGGCAAAGGAGAAGCACGAUGAAGCGCAAAAGAAGUUGGAGGAGUCUGAGAAGAAGUUAAAAGAGUGCGAGGAUAGAUUGCGAGCUGCGAAGCAGUAUGAAAGAUAUCAUUGA